UUUGCCAUUUGGAGACCUGUCCACUGCCCUUUCUCCGGCCCGGGACUAUAUUAAUCCCUCCAUUUCAUGCGAUUUCUCAUCCAUGGAUUGUGACCGGAUGCAGGAGCCCUUCCAGGAGGAAGAAGACGAUGUUUUCUACUGCGAACUUCGCAGGCAAGUCUUGCAAUUGACGGCUGAAGAUGAUGAUGGUGAUGUUUGUGAGGCGAAGGCCAUGAAGGUCCGUAAACAAGGCCCGUAUGUUGGAGCUCUGCAGCCCGUUUGCUAUCAGGGAUGGCCCGGGAUUAAGGAGGGCUGCGGUUCUGCUGCGCCUGCAUGGAUCGUCAACUUGUGGCGAAGUGGGAACGGGACCGGUGUUUUCAUACCUCAAGGAGUUCAGUCUAGAAGAACAAACAGAUCAAGAAGGAAGAAUGGAAGAGGAAAGGGACACAAGCGAGUAGAGAGAAUGAAUUGAGUGGCAGAAUCUUUUUCUACUAUAGCAUAGUAUAUGUAUAGAUAAAAUGGAUUUAAUCUGUUUUUUCAUAGUGAAACAUAUAUAUGUGAGUGCAAUAAUACGAAAUUCAUGGAUAAAGUUAAAUUUUGCAAUGCAAUCAGAGUUAGAUGAGUAUGUCUACAUUACCUGAUUAAGGAAACUCUGAAUGCCAAUGGUGUGAAUAUUCGACAUUGCAGUAGCCAUGUGGUUGGCGUAGUCGACCAAGUCCCCAGAAGAGCGACGAGCAAGAGAGGACGAGGAGAGCGUGAGCGUGAGCGACUGCUGCAGAGGUUCCAUCCCUUGAGAGAGCGCAUCCUCUGAACUGCUGCUCACUCAGGCUGAGAGGCUGCAUCUGUUUCUCAACCACCUGAUACCAAUUUAAAAAUCGGUUACUAAUCAGGUUCACACAUUUGUUAUGAAGCCACACCUUGAGCAAGUCUGAGUCCGCCCAGCCACAUCAGCAACCUCUCCGCGGGAGUUGUCCAAGCGCCAGAGAGGAUAUCAAACAUGCCUCUUGAUCCCGUGAAGGUCACCGUAGUGAGAGAUGCAGAGAGGUGUCGUCACCUUCACCGGAGAUCAAGGAUGAUCUCAGCUCAUCCAUCAGCCUCUCGUGUUCGCCUAGCCAGCGCGCGUCAUCAUCGCGCCCUGCAAAUCGUCCACUCAUGACUCCAAACUAGCACAUCAAAACAUCAAACUUGUAGUAAUCUUCACUCCCCUAUGGAAUGCCUCUGCUUGCCAGCCUGCAUUUUCAUUUUUCACAAUCAAAUUCUUUUAAUUUUUUACAUUUCUAAAUAAAACAAGAGAGACAUACCUGGUGACGUGCUUUUUCGAGGGCCUGAUCCAGUUGUAAGAGCCUUCUCUGG